UAUAUACUCUUUCUCUCAGCUCCUUUACAAUUCAUCCACUGUUUUGUUGAUAAAUCUUAUGUUAACAACCUCCCCUCCUUCUCAAUGUAUUCCUAACUUCCUCGUAUAAUAUCCAGCACAAUCAACUUCGACCAUGGAAUUAAUGUUGGCGCCUCCUCCAUGGUUGGAACAAUUGUUGUCAACCACAUUCUUCUCUACAUGCCAAGCUCACAUCAGCGCGCCCAGAAACGAAUGCAACAUGUUCUGCCUUGAUUGCAGGGACCAAGCUGCUUUCUGCUUUUAUUGCAGACAAUCAUGGCAUCAUGAUCAUCAAGUGAUUCAAAUAAGGAGAUCGUCGUAUCAUGAUGUUGUGAGGGUAGCGGAGAUUCAGAAGGUUUUGGACAUCAGUGAGGUGCAGACAUAUGUGAUUAACAGUGCCAGAGUUCUUUUCCUCAAUGCCAGGCCUCAGAAUAGUAAUGCUGCUGGUAGUGCUGCAGGGAAAACUCAAUAUUUGUGUCAAGUUUGCAGAAGAAAUCUCCUGGACCCCUUUCGUUUCUGCUCUUUGGGAUGCAAGCUUGUUGGAGUAAAGAAAAAUGGGAAUGGUAACUUUGUCUUAAGCGCAAAGAAAGACGAAGAAAUAGGGAGAAAGCAUGAAGGAAUGGGAAGAAGGUUGGUAUCAAAGGAGGAAGAAGAAGGAAUCCACAAACAAGUAUACCAAAGCACGCCAUCAACACAAGCUUGCUCAAAUUCAAGAAGAAGAAAAGGAAUACCUCAUAGGGCACCUUUUGGCCCAUAAAGUAAACAAUCACCAUUUUAAUCACUUUUUUUUGGUAUUAUGAUUUCCUGAUUAGUUUCAAUAGCUGGAUUUGCACUCUUUAUCCAGCUCAUUUCUCACAAUCCCCAUGUGCUUAAACCAAAGCAAUAUUUGUAGGCUGUCUUAAUGGGUAGGCAAUAUAAUUUAAGUGAAAAAGGAAGGGGAAAGUUUGUGUUGAUUUUGAAGAUUGGCUGGCUUUGGGUACAAUAAUUGCAUUGCUUUGCAUUAUUCGUUAGAUUAAUAUAUCAAGCAUAUAUGCUAGGUGUACAUGUCCCCUGUACACAUGAACGGUUUUAUAUAAGGGAACCAUUGCUUUGUCUCUUAA